AUGGAAAAGCAAUAUCGGAGCUCGAAGAGAAUACUAUCUAACAAUGUAUACAGCUACAAAUUCCUGAAAUCAGCUUCAGUGCGAAAAUUGAGCAGCCUGAAAACGACAAUGCUCGCCUUUUCCAUGAGCUAUGCCAGUGGAAAGAUAAAGCGACGGCUGAAUCUAGACACAGACAACUUGCGGAAGAAGAAGCCUGUCGCCAAUAUGACUUCAUUCAGCAGCUUCAAAAUAAGAUUCGGGACUAUUCUGAAACGGCAAAUCGCCUCACAGGCUGCGUUAGGACCUGCUUUCAGGGACUGGACAAAGUCCUCCCCACUCUAG